CGUCGCCUCUCAAACUCCUCGGAUGGCAUCUCCGUGUCGUCUCCGUAAACACCACGGCACUGCAAUGCGGAAGCGGCCGUAUGCUGGACUUGGCAACUCGUCGGCCGUUCGGCCACGGCACAGCGCCGAGAACUUGCCAAGCGGCGCCAAGAGAUGAUUUGCACUGACGACCACCGCAACCGAAACCGACAACCACCACCCACCCACCGCACACCCAUUUUUCCCCGUCGUUCUCCUCUUCGUGAACAUUGAACAAUGGCUGUGCCACGAGAGGGCCGUGUAGCAGUAACCGCAUCAUGAUGAGAUCGCAGGGCCCGGCUGCUCUCCUCGCCUGGCUCUGCGCCGCGGCCAGCAGCGCCCUCGCCCAGUUGACCGUGUCGGUCUUCUUGCCGGAAUAUAGCGACUCGGACUGGGUGGCACUCCGCGGAAGUAUCCUCAGUAGUAGCCCCCUAACAACCGCCCCCCAGGACAACUCUGCGACCGCAUACACCGUGUUUUGCGCAGAGCAGGCGCCCAGCUGCCAGAUCGCGGGCGAGCUGCCCUUCGUCUUCACCGAGGGACCCCAUACGCUUGUGUACACGGGCUCUGAUCCCGGGACUCUAACGGCGGACCUCCGGUGCGAGCUAGACGGGACAACGGCGGCGACCUGCACGGGCUCAUCCUCGUUCGGCUCCAAUUACCGGGACGGCACCCUGACGGGCCCGACGCAGACCAGUUGGACCAAGACGUUCGCCGCCGCCGACGUGACGUGGGGCGUGCUGGCCCUGACCACGCCGGGGCCGCUGCCCGGUACGACCGACAUUGACGGCACCGUGGCGGCCACCGUGACCUCUUCGGGCUCGAUUCCGGAACCGACGACUUCGGGAGCGCACCGCCAGCGAAGGGUACGAGCGGGGAUGGCGGGCUCUAUGUUUAUGAUGGUGGUGGCGGUCAUGUUGGGGUUUCUCCAAUUUGGAUGACGUGACGAUAGGCGAGCGAGUCUUAAAGAGCGGGGGCUUCGGGGUUUGGGGUUGGGUAACGGGGGGGCGCUUCCGGUUGACGGUUACGGUACAACAUUCAAUUUUCCGUUUUGCUGUUUCCUUCGUUGAAGAA